ACGGAAUUGGAACCUUGCUACAAGCCAUCUCAAUUGGAGAUCACACACGUAAGCCACAACAAAAACCCACUUAGGGGCCGAAGUCCAAACUCCACGUUUUAUUAAUGCCACCACUACUCACCUCCAGAGCUAUCUCCUCCCUCUUCCUCUCCACAAGGUCAUUUCCCUCCAUGGCCACCACCACCACCGCCGCCCCCAAGUCCCGUCUCAGGGGCGUCGUCUUCGACAUGGACGGAACCCUAACCGUCCCCGUCAUCGAUUUCCAGGCAAUGUACAGGGCCGUGCUCGGCGAAGAGGAGUACUUGGCCCUCAAAUCGAGGAAGCCUUUUACGGGAAUUGAUAUACUGCACCACAUUGAGAAUUGGAGUCCCGAUAAGCAGCGGAGAGCUUAUGAAAUUAUUGCGGAUUUUGAGCAGCAGGGCCUCGAUCGCCUCCAGAUUAUGCCCGGUGCAUCAAAACUUUGCGGGUUUCUUGAUUCAAGGAAUAUAAGAAGGGGAUUAAUCACUCGGAAUGUCAAGGCUGCAGUUGAUUUGUUUCACUUGAGGUUUGGGAUCACAUUUGCUCCUGCCCUAAGCAGGGAAUUCCGUCCUUAUAAACCUGAUCCAGCUCCACUGCUGCAUAUCUGUUCUACGUGGGAUGUUCUGCCGAAUGAAGUGAUGAUGAUUGGAGAUAGCCUUAAAGAUGAUAUUGCUUGUGGAAAACGAGCAGGUGCAUUUACAUGUUUGCUUGAUGAAACCGGAAGGUAUGACACUCCUGAAUUUGAGAAUGUGGCAUUGAAGCCGGAUUAUAAGGUGUCCUCUCUUGCUGAAAUUUAUUCUCUACUGGAAGCGAAUUUUGACCUGAUUCCAUGAUCCGCGAUUUCCUUGACAAUGGAACUUGCAUAAAUUGAUAAGCAUUGACAUUGUUCUUUACUGGACGUUUCAAGUUCGGGGAUUCACUUAUUUUCUGAUGAGAAGCCUUUCUGAAUUGCGUUUAUGGGACACACGAAUUGAUUCUUUUGUUUAAGUGAAGGACAAGGGUAAUUGUUGUGGCCGUAUUAAUGUACUGCAGAGUUACUGAUCA